UACGUGAUAACUGAUCAGACAGAGCUGCGGAAAAUCAAGUCCAUGGAGAAGACAGGGAUCAGCAUCACUCGGGAGCUCAUGUGGUGGUGGGGAGUGAGGCUGGCAACAGUGCAGCAGCUCCUGGACCUGCUGCAGGGGCUGCAGCUCUACCGGGCAGCUCAGGUCAUCCUGGACUGGACAUCAGCCUCUAACAUCCCCAACUCUGGAAAAGAAGAGCUGGUAGAGCCACCUAAACAGGAGAACAUCUCUUUAACUCCCACAGGAAACAAAAAUAAAGAGACAGAAAAAGAGAUGAGUCUUUUGCCAGCACCAGACUCUUCACACGUGGGAGUGUCACCAGCAGGUGUUUCAGGUGCUGUUUCUGAAGGAGCCUUGUGUUCACUCCCUUCUCCACCACCUCCCCCAAGAGACCUUUUGAAAUCCUUACAGUCAAAUCCUCCUGUCUCAUCAAGUGUGAAGCCUUGCAGCUCUUCUGCUCCGCAGCAGGAGACGAUGACGGAUCUCCCCAGCGGGAGCCUGUUGUGGACCCAGAGGGAAGUCACUAAUGCCACAGAUGGUUUCAGUGACAAGGGCAGGAUCUGUGAAGGUACUUUUGCAGAUGUCUACAAAGGUCAGAGGAACAACAUGGUGUAUGUCAUCAAAAGACUGAAGGAGGUGGAGUGCACCAGCCCAGAUUCCACCCAGAGGUUCUUCCACACAGAAGUGCAGAUCUGCUUUCGGUGUUGUCACAUCAACAUUUUGCAGCUGCUGGGUUUCUCAGUAGAAACUGGAUUGCACUGCCUGAUAUAUCCAUACCUGCCUAAUGGAUCCCUGCAAAACAAGCUGCAGUGUCAAGAUGGUUCUGCUCCUUUGACCUGGGAGAUGCGAAUCAGCAUUUCUCUGGGACUGCUCCGAGCUGUGGAGUAUUUACAUAAUUUUGGGAUUCUUCAUGGGAAUAUCAAAAGCUCAAAUGUCUUGUUGGAUGAAAACUUUACCCCAAAGCUUGGACACUCGGGUCUGCGAUUGUGUUCUGUUGAUAAAAAAUCAACAUAUGCUGUGAUGAAAACCAAAGUCCUACAAGCUUCUCUUACUUACCUGCCAGAAGACUUUGUCAGACAUGGGCAGUUAACAGAAAAAGUGGAUAUAUUUGGCUGUGGUGUGGUCUUAGCAGAGGUACUGACAGGGAUUAAGGCACUGGAUGAAGCAAGACACCCCAUUUAUCUGAAAGAUAUGAUUGCCAAUGAAAUUGAAACAGCUAAAGAAAGCUCAUGUUCCAAAGUGAAGAAUGUUGAAAAGGUGGCUGCCAAGGAGAUCUGCUGUAAAUACCUAGACAGGAGAGCAGGCCACUUGCUGGAGGAGGUUGCUGUUGAUUUUGCCUCAGCCGUGUGUCUGUGCCUGAGGAAGAAGCGUCCCACCAUAGCAGAGGUGCUUGAAAUGAUGGAAAUGGCUGAAAAUAAACUAACAGAGCAUUACCUGUGCGGAGGCAGCAUUUCCGGGUUCUCCAUUAACACUCCCGAGGAAACGGACGACGAGACAGCGAGCACGGAGGUGCCUCCCCCCGGGCCGGGGGGCACGGAGCCCGCGGGGCGCGUCUCACCUGGCACAGGGCAUGUCUCACCUGGCACAGGGCAUGUCUCACCUGGCACGGGGCGCGUCUCACCUGGCGCGGGGCACGGGCAGGUGUCCCGGGUGCCGUGUGAGUCCGAUGAGUCAAGUAGCUUCGUAUGGAAUCCUUCGGAGAGAUGUGCAGAUGAGCUGUCCAGCACCAGCUCUCACGAUCCGGGGAACGUGGCAGCCUCUGAGUGGAAGGUAAAGCAGGAAAAACCUGCGAAUGGGCUCCAGGAGAGAAGUGCUGCCUGCACCAGAGGUGCCCAUGCCUUGGAAGCAGCGGCUGCUGCUCAGAGCACCUUCCCAGAAAGGAAUGCAGACCUGGACUCCUCGUGUUCUUCACAAGCAGCAGGCAGAGAGACAUCUUGGAAAAUAAAGAUAAAUGAUCAAAAAAAGAAGCUCAUGGAAAAUAUUUUGCUGUAUGAAGAAGACAAAUUAAACAGUUCUGAACUUUUUGAAUCAUAA